AUACUCGGAUUCAAGCCAGUGUUUUCUGUUUAUCAGUUACCUCUCUCUCAUGAUACCUUCCUCUCUCUCUCUCUCAUAAUACCUUCACUACCUUCACCUGUUCUCAUCUUCCAUCUUCUCCUCCCCAAAUCCCAACUCUGAAAAUUUCCCUUCAACCCCUUCUCUCACCUCUCAAGACCCACCUUAUCUUCCUCACCCACCUCCAUUUCUCCAUCCGGACCAUCCCUCCCUCCUCAAAUCUAAAAACCCAUUUGCAUAAAAGCAAAAAAAAACAAAGAUAAAUUCUCCAGCCCACCUCCAUUUCUGAAAACCCAUUUGCAUACAAGCAAAAAAAAAUCCAAGAUUUGAUGAUUAAUCUUCAAAUCUCAUCAAAAUCUUCGGUCUUUGGAGCAAUGAAGAAGAGAAAACCAAGCGAGGAAUUGGAGCCCAACUGCUUCGACAUUCUCUCCGAAGAAAUUGUGUUCUCCAUCCUCGAUUGCCUCGACCAAAACAACCACCUAGACAAGAAAUCGUUCUCUCUCGUCUGUAAAUCGUUUCACUUAAUCGAGUCUCGCCAUCGCAAAACCCUGAAGCCUCUUCGUUCUGAGCACUUGACGAAGGUUCUCAAGCGGUACCCAAACGUGACCCAUCUUGAUCUCUCUCUAUGCCCUCGAAUUACCGACGGUUCUUUGAAAGCUACAUCGGUUAUUCUCAACAAAACGCUGAAAAGGAUCGAUCUUUCGAGAUCUAUGUUGUUUACCCAUGUGGGUUUGUCGAAUUUGGUUGGGAAAUGCUCGAACUUGGUCGAGCUUGAUCUGUCGAACGCCACGGAGUUGAGGGAUACGGCGGCCGCGGCGAUCGCGCAGGCGAAGAACUUGGAGAGGUUAUGGUUGGCGAGGUGCAAAGGGAUAACGGAUAUUGGGAUUGGGUGUAUAGCUGUUGGGUGUAGGAAGUUGAGGUUGAUUAACUUGAAGUGGUGUUUGGGUGUUGGUGAUUUAGGGGUGGACUUAAUUGCUGUCAAGUGCAAGGAGAUUCGAAGCUUGGAUCUCUCUUACUUGCCGAUCACAAAUAAAUGUUUACCGUCAAUCUCGAAUUUACAACAUCUUGAGGAUUUGGUUCUGGAAGGAUGCUUUGCUAUCGAUGAUGACAGUCUUGCAGACCUCAAACAAGGGUGCAAGUCACUGCAGAUGCUUGACAUGUCAAGUUGUAAAAAUGUUAGUCAUGUGGGCUUGUCUUCUCUCACAAGCGGUAAUGGACGUCUGCAGCAACUUAUACUAGCAUAUGGCUCUCCUGUCACUCUUGCCCUUGCGGAUAGCUUGCAAACACUUUCCACAUUGCAAUCAAUCAAACUAGACGGUUGCCGAGUUACAUGUUCUGGUCUGAAGGCCAUUGGAAAUUGGUGUGUGUCCCUGAGGGAGAUAAGCUUGAGUAAAUGCAAGGGAGUUACGGACGAAGGGCUUUCUUCCCUUGUGACAAAACACAGAGACUUGAGGAAGCUAGACAUCACGUGUUGCCAGCAAAUAACUCACUUUUCAAUCGCCCACAUUACAAAUUCUUGCACCUCUCUUACCUCCCUAAGAAUGGAGUCAUGUGUCCUUGUAUCGAAAGAAGCUUUUGUCUUGAUUGGUCAACGUUGCCAUUUUCUUGAAGAGCUUGACCUUACAUAUAAUGAAAUUGAUGACGAAGGUCUGAAGUCCAUCUCAAGAUGUUCCAAACUUUCCAGCUUAAAGCUAGGAAUCUGCCCAAACAUAACUGACAAAGGAAUUGCCCACAUUGGCAAGUGCUGUUCAAAACUUGUAGAGCUUGAUUUGUACAGGUCAGCUGGAAUAACAGAUACUGGCGUUCUCACAAUUGCGAGUGGUUGCCCUGGCCUUGAGAUGAUUAAUAUAGCCUAUUGUCACAAAAUCACUGACAGUUCCUUUCUCUCACUCUCAAAAUGUUCGAAGUUGAACACACUUGAGAGUAGAGGAUGUCCCCUUGUUACAUCUUUUGGCCUUGCGGCUAUCGCUGUGGGAUGUAAGCAGCUCAUCAAGCUUGACAUUAAGAAAUGCUACAACAUAAACGACGGCGGAAUGAUUCCACUUGCUCACUUCUCUCAAAACCUCAGACAGAUAAAUUUGUCGUAUACCUCGGUGACGGAUUUGGGGCUCUUGUCCCUUGCAAGCAUAAGCUGCUUACAAAACAUGAAUAUAUUGCACUUGAAGGGGUGGACUCCUGGUGGCCUAGCAGCAGCAUUGUUGGCAUGUGGAGGGCUUACGAAAGUGAAGCUUCAGGCUUCCUUCAAGUCAUUCUUGCCACAAGCGCUUUUGGAACACUUGGAAGCCCGUGGUUGUGUUUUUCAAUGGAGAGAGAAAAUGUAUCAGGCUGAAUCAGACCCAAAAUGCUGGAAGCAACAGUUGGAAGAUAUGUAAAUCACUUCUGGAAGCUUCUUGAGGUUUGCACGUAAGUGUCAAACCGCUGCUGUUGAGAAACACAGAGACUUGGGCAUUGGAAAUCUGGGAUUCUUUCCGCAUAAUUGUUGAUAAACUAGAUGAAGUGGUAUUCGGCAGCUCUACCAAAACAAGAGCGCCGUGUAGUUUUUUGUGACUUUGUGUUUUUAUCAUGUCCUUCAAUCAAGGUCGUGAAAGUGUUUCGAAGAAGAACCGGUUGUUCCUUAUAAUUGUUGAUGAACUAGAUGUAGUAGUAUUCGGCAGCUCCACCAAACCAAGAGCGCCGUGUAGUUUUUUGUUACUGUUUUUUUAAUCAUGUCCUUCAAUUAAGGAUACUUUGUUGGUGCCAAUAAAAAAAAAAGGGAUACUUUGUUGA